GCCACCGCCAUCGAAGUCACCACCGGAGGCGGCCGAAGACAGGGUGGUGUGAUAGUUCCAGGUGGGCGUCGCCAAUCGCUUCCGAGCAGAACGUGACGCUGGUGCUCACCGUGGAUCAGCAGGGGUGUGCAGAUUUCAGUAGCGUGCAGAUGGCAGUGGACGCUGUGCCGGAGUUUAGCCUGAGCCGGACGCUUAUCAUCGUCGACGCCGGCAUCUACAGGUGGUUUUAAUUUUCUAAAUUCUUUGAAAAAACUAAAUUUUUGAUUAUGACAGAGAUCAAUUUGAGGCAGGGAGAAAGUGGUGGUGUGGGCGAACAAGACGAACAUCACCAUGCAAGGCAAGGCUACUUGAACACGGCCAUUUCAUGGAACGACACUGCCAAUUCCACCGGCGGAACGAUUUACAGCGCCUCUGUUUCGAUCUUCGCUUUCAAUUUCAUCGCCUACGACAUCAGUUUUCAGGCAAGCCGAAUCGAAUUGAUUUGUAUCCAAUUUUUCAAGUUAAUUUACGUACGAUCUCAUUAUCAGCAGAAUGCUGCUCCUCCGGCACUGCCGGGAGACGUCGGAGCGCAAGCGGUGGCGCUCAGGAUCGCCGGAGACCAGGCGGCGUUCUACGGCUGUGGAUUCUACGGCGCGCAAGACACGCUGCUCGAUGAGCGCGGCAGACAUUACUUUCGAGGCUGCUUCAUCGAAGGCUCGAUCGACUUCAUUUUCGGCAACGCCAAAUCCUUGUACGAGGACUGCACGAUCAAUUCCAUCGCGAAGCAAGCGCCGGCCGACGAGGGAGGGAUCACGGGAUGCAUAACGGCGCAGGGGAGGGCGUCGAUGGAGGAGGACACGGGGUUCUCGUUCGUGAACUGCAGCGUGGAGGGCAGCGGCAGGAUCUGGCUGGGGCGCGCUUGGGGAGCUUACUCCACCGCCGUCUUCUCCCGGACGUACCUGCCCGGCAUCGUAGCUCCGGAAGGGUGGAACGACUGGAACGAUCCGUCGAGAGACCAGUCGGUGGUCCUCCUCUGCAAUUGCAUGAAUUUGCUCUCUCUCUCUCUCUCGUUGGCAUUUUAUCGAGCAGUUUGCAGGUGGGUGUACUUCGGGGAGUACGAGUGCACGGGACCAGGCGCCGGCUCCGCGAUGAGGGCGGCGUAUGCGAAGCAGCUGGGGCGAUGCGAGGCUGCUCGGUUCAUGGGCGCGUCGUACAUCAACGGCGAGGAGUGGGUGCUGCCGCCGCAGUCAGGCGGAUGGAAUGACCCGUGUGCAGCUUCGAUGGCUGGAGAUCAAAUUGAGGAAAUGUGAGCGAAGAUGACGGUGAAGGGGCUUUUAUUAUAGUUGUCGAUUUGGCA